GAUCAUGUUACCAUAAUGAUCACCAAGUUCAAGAAGGACAAUCCGAACUGGGAAAAGUUAACGGGUGAUCCAGAGGAUGGAAAUUUUACAGAAAAAGAAGUCCUCCUUCUGGAAAUCUGUCAACUGGAAAAAGAACAUGCGCGCGCACAAGACAAAGAGAAAUCCGAAGCAGAUCAGCGAAGAGAUCGCCACGAACAGAAACUGAUGUGUGCUGCCAAGAACAGCCGUAAGAAAAGAAAACUACAAGAACAAGAGAAAGACGACGAGCCCAACACCGAUGACGAAUACAAUGCGGGAACGAGCCUACAAAAACCAACGGGAUCAGCGUUAAAGCCUACAAAGGGGAGGAAAAACUGGCAGUCAGCAAUAGCGGGCUAUUUUUCGGACAAGCGCGAAGAGAAGCUAGCUGAUCGCAAACUGGAGGAGAGCAAAUUGGAAAUCGAACGCGAAAAGCUUCGCCUGGAAGAGAAAAGACUCGAACUGGAGACGCAAAAACUGUAUCAGGCAGCACGAGACCGAGAAGCGCUGUACGAAAACAACCGCAUGCUUGGGCAAAUGGUCACGCGUUUCACGGAGAAAAAUACUGGGUAAAAGCACAGCUACAAUUUUGGGCACUGUGAAUAAUUUUGAUGGAGGUAUAAUGAAUAUCAAUGUAAGUUUUGUAUUGGGUUCUAUCCAGAAAACUUUCUGACUUCCGGUUUGUUGUUGUGGUAAUUCUGAUGGAUCUGUUUUUGAUAUUCCCAGUUACUUUAAUUUUUGUCAGAACGCACUGUUUAACUGCACUUUAAUAGCAAUUCUCAAUAUGUAUACAGAAAUUUCAUGACAGCAGCACAGAUCUUUUUUGCUUUCAAUUAUCAUUAAAUUUUG